CAAUAUAGGCCUCGGGGGGGGUAAGGUUUCAUUUCAUGGCGUCGAUAUCAUCAUCAAUUUCAACUUCAAUCUCAUGGCAUCACAAUUUCGUCACCCCUUCGUCAUCAUCAAUCUCAACUAACCGUCCGUACAGGCCAACAUUAACCGUCAUACGCGCCUCAUCUCUCAAAUCUGGAAAUUCAACUACUGAGGAAAACAGAGAGUUGCUUAAACAAUAUGGUCUUGAUCCUGAUGAGUUCCUUUCUGAUCCUACCACUCCUUCCAAGUCUUCGAGACGGAAGAAAGGGCAGGAAAAGAGUGGAAGAGGGAAGCAAGGUGUGGCAACACCAACAACACAUGAGCAAAGUAAACCUAGGGAGACUCAUAAGUUACUUCAGGUUCUUGGUGGGACGGCACGGAGGAAGAAAUUGCUAUCACCAAAGAGCAUGGAUGUCCGCCCAAUGAUGGAAGUAGUCAAAGGUGCAGCUUUUGGUAUUUUGCAGGCUGCUGGUGGCUGUCCUACAUCAUUAAGGCCUGGUCGAUGGUUAGAUUUAUAUAGUGGUACAGGAUCUGUUGGCAUAGAGGCUAUCAGCCGUGGAUGCUCUGAGGUGCAUUUUGUGGAGAUGGAUCCAUGGGUUGUUUCUGAUGUUCUACGUCCUAAUUUGGAAUGGACCAACUUUCUUGAUAAUUCUGUUAUACAUACUGUUCGUGUGGAAACGUAUUUGGAGCGCACCAAAGAUGGUCCAUUUGAUUACAUAAGUGUAACACCUCCAUAUAUGCUAGUGGACUACGAGAUCCUAAUGAAACAAAUUUCAGAAUCUUCUGUGAUUGGAGAUGAUUCUUUUAUAGUUGUGGAGUACCCAUUCCGAACCGAUAUGUUAGAAACAUGUGGAUGCCUUGUGAAGUUAGCUGAUCGUCGAUUUGGAAGAACACACCUAGCAAUAUACGGGCCCAAGUGGGCCCAGAAGAAAGGAAGGUCAUAACGGGGGGAUGUGGCACAUCAGUCUGACAACAUUGAGGUGCCUUCAAGCUCAGUUACUCUAAUCAGUUGGUCAUCGUCGACAAUGAGUCUAAAGAUCACCUCCGGCCUAUCUUUGCAUGGUAAGCAACCAAUCUAUGUGUUCAUAUCACAAUCUGCACAUGGAGAAUUCCCUCUCAUAGUUAGCACCUUCAAACCUUAAUAGUUGCAAGGUUUACUAGAGAAACAAAUAAGUUGCAGAGUUAACGAGAGAUCUCCAGAAAUGUUAGUUACUGUUUUAGAUAUCGUUACUGUUAGCCUGUAACAUAUGUUAAGAACAAUAAUUAGCAUCUUACCUUUCUGCAGUGUAUAAUUUCUUGUUCUUAUACGAGACAAUAAAGUUAAGUCGAAUGUUUGUAACUUAAA